CGCCUAGCCCCUGGAGGAGUCACUGCUCUCUGGCCGAAGUACCAAUUUUCUUCUCCCCCGCAACAAAAAGAAAAUUCAAAAAAAAAAAUAUAUUUUACAGCAGAGAUCUCCGAUAGAUUCAUUUCCUUAGAGCAUAGCUAGGGUUAGGAGGUGCGGAUUCAAAUUAGAUCAUCGGGGGCGUAUUUCCCACCUGUGCCAAAUUCUACUUCUUCUUCUUCUACUACUACCCUUUUUUUUCCUUUCUAAAUCUAAUCGCUGUACAAACAGAAAGACGAUUUCUUGGUUUCCUUUCGUCCUUUGUCUAAUCUUCGUUGCUCGGCCGAUCGGUACAGUUUCGCCCCAAUUUUGUUGGGAUUUGGAUAAAUUUGUGGAUAUUUGUUAGGGUUGAAGAAUUUGCCGGUAAGGGAUCCGUUUAGGGAUAAAAAGGAGGGAUUUUUAUUCUAGGCAUUUGGUAGUUCUUUUGUUAUGGAUAAGAAGAAGGUUGCCGUUCCUUUGGUCUGCCAUGGCCAUUCCCGGCCGGUGGUGGAUCUGUUCUACAGUCCUACUACUCCCGAUGGUUUCUUCCUGAUCAGUGCCAGCAAGGAUUCUAGUCCCAUGCUUAGAAAUGGAGAAACUGGAGAUUGGAUUGGAACCUUCGAAGGGCAUAAGGGUGCAGUGUGGAGCUCCUGCUUGGAUACUAAUGCAUUACGUGCUGCUUCUGCUUCUGCUGAUUUUACUGCGAAAGUAUGGGAUGCAUUAUCGGGGGAUGAACUGCAUUCCUUUGAACACAAGCACAUAGUUAGAGCUUGUGCGUUUUCAGAGGACACUCAUCUUCUACUUACUGGUGGACUAGAGAAAAUUUUGCGCAUUUAUGAUCUGAAUCGCCCAGAUGCACCUCCAAGAGAAGUUGAUAAAUCCCCUGGUUCAGUUAGAACUCUUGCUUGGCUGCAUAGUGAUCAGACCAUUCUGGGUUCAUGCACUGAUAUGGGUGGUGUAAGAUUGUGGGACGUAAGAAGUGGUAAGAUAGUGCAAACCCUUGAGACCAAGUCAUCAGUGACAAGUGCCGAAGUCAGUCAGGACGGUCGCUAUAUCACAACUGCUGAUGGUUCAACCGUCAAGUUCUGGGAUGCAAAUCAUUUUGGGCUUGUGAAGAGCUACAACAUGUCCUGCACUGUGGAGUCAGCUUCCUUGGAACCCAAGUACGGGAAUAAGUUCAUUGCUGGGGGAGAAGACAUGUGGGUUCACGUAUAUGACUUCCACACAGGGGAGGAGAUAGCUUGUAACAAGGGCCACCAUGGUCCAGUCCACUGCGUGCGGUUUUCACCGGGUGGAGAAUCAUACGCGUCCGGGUCAGAAGACGGGACCAUCAGAAUAUGGCAGACGGGCCCACUAACAAACGACGAGAGCGAUGGUGGGGCGACGGCGGCGGCAGCCAAUGGAACGGUGGCAGGGAAGGUGAAGGUGAGUGCUGCAGAAGAAGUUUCUAAGAAGAUUGAGGGGUUUCACAUUAGUGGUGAUGAGGGGAAGGCUAAAGAGAAGGAUGAGGCAGCAGGGAAAGAGUGAUGUAACUCCUUUUUGCCCGAGUUAGACCAAACCCACUUUUUUUUUUGUUGUUGUUAUCUUUUCCUUUUCGCGCCUUCUUCUUUUCUUGAUCUCUCAAUUUGUGUCGUUCGUUUUCAUCUCUGCCUUAUGGAAAUGGUGCUGGACUGAGAAGGUUGGUGUCUCUGGCUUUGGUCAGUCAUCAUGAUAUUUGGGAGGGAUUACAACUUGAAAGAAGACACUGAAAUUUUUGUACAAGCUUCUUCCAACACAAUCGCCUUGGUAUAUGUAAACUGCUAUGAGCUUCUAUGACGAUUGACGAGGAUUCACCUUGACGUUC